CAGCCACAACUACCCCUUCCCUCUUAUCUAUAUAACAACUCCUCUCCUCCACUACCUCUCAUCUCACAACUACCCACAUCCUAUUUACCUUCCUUCUUCCUGAAAUCCAAUACCCACGUCCCCAGUUACCUUCCUUCUUCCUGUAAUCUAAUACCCACGUCAAAAAUUUUAGAAAACGGACCUUGCCCUCCGGAAAUUUUCGUCGAAGGCCUUGUUUGUUUCUCUAUUUGAAAGGGACCCGAGUGUAUGGUGUUUUGGAGUUAAAAGGGUGGAGUUUUGUUUUUGAAAGAGAGGAGUUCUUGGGGUAAUACCCAGGGUAGACAAGUUGUAGACAUCACGGCUAUACACAGAGUAACUCGGCCUCUAAUACAUGUCCGGGCUGUACGACGCAAGGGUUGUGUGAACGAGAGCAACCCUUCGCCGCACGGUGGACGUGGUGCUUUGCCUUCUGAAGGCGGCAGCCCUUCCGAUCUCCUCUUUCUUGCUGGUGGUGGUUCCCUCCUUUCCUUUGUCUAUUAGUUUUAGGAUAUAUUUAUAUAAGAUUAAGUUGUAGGCCGUAAGCAAGAUAAGAGUAUUUUAGAGCUUUUACAUCUCGAUUCAGCAAGUUUAUUGGGAUUUAAUUGUUUUGGGAAUUGUAAGCCAAGAUGAGUGAUAAUUUGAUGUUAAGGAUCAAGAGGGUUCCUACUGUUGUGUCAAAUUUCCAGAAAGAGGAGGCGGAAGAGGGUGCUCGCCGGAGUGAGGGCUGUGGCCGCAAUUGCCUUCGGAAAUGUUGCAUUCAAGGGGCAAAGCUCCCUUUGUACGCUUUCAAGAAACUGAACAAGAUUGUUUGCGAGAAGGAGGUGCGUGGACAAGAGAACAACGAGCCUCCCGUUGCAUUCCUUGAGUCUCUUCUCCUUGGGGAGUGGGAGGACCGUGUGCAGAGAGGGCUAUUUCGCUAUGAUGUCACUGCUUGUGAAACCAAGGUGAUUCCGGGCCAGUAUGGUUUCAUUGCCCAGCUGAAUGAGGGCCGGCAUUUGAAGAAGAGGCCAACUGAAUUCCGUGUUGACAAAGUUCUUCAGCCCUUUGAUGGGAACAAAUUCAACUUCACUAAAGUUGGCCAAGAAGAGGUUCUUUUCCAGUUUGAAUCAAGUGAAGAUGGUGAUGUUCAGUUCUUCCCAAGUGCCCCCAUUGAUGUUGAUAAUUCUCCAAGUGUGGUUGCCAUUAAUGUUAGCCCUAUUGAGUAUGGGCAUGUGUUGUUGAUCCCACGUAUUCUGGAGUGUUUGCCUCAGAGGAUUGACCGUGAAAGCUUCUUGCUUGCUCUUCACAUGGCAGCUGAAGCUGGGAAUCCGUACUUCCGAUUAGGUUACAACAGCUUGGGUGCAUUUGCUACCAUCAACCACCUUCACUUCCAGGCUUACUACUUGGCCGUGCAAUUUCCCAUUGAGAAAGCACCCACUAAGAAUAUAACCACUUUGGACAGUGGAGUGAAAAUCUAUGAGCUAGUGAAUUACCCUGUCAGAGGCCUUCUAUUUGAGGGAGGCAAUACUCUGCAAGAUUUGUCAAACACCGUCUCGGAUGCUUGCAUUUGUCUUCAAGAUAACAACAUACCUUACAAUGUGCUCAUAUCUGAUUGUGGAAAGCGCAUCUUUCUUUUGCCACAGUGUUAUGCUGAGAAACAAGCUCUUGGGGAAGUGAGUCCUGAACUUCUUGACACCCAAGUGAACCCAGCAGUGUGGGAAAUCAGUGGCCAUAUGGUGUUAAAGAGGAAAAAGGACUAUGAGGAGGCAUCUGAGGAGAAUGCAUGGAGGCUGCUUGCUGAGGUUUCUCUAUCUGAAGCAAGAUUUGAGGAAGUGAAUGCUCUCAUCUUUGAAGCCAUUUCCUGCAGCAAUGGUACUGAGAAUGAUGGUCAGGACCUGCUUGAGGAUCCAAAUGACAACAAAUCUCUUGAGGAAGUGGAUGCUGCAAUCAACAAGGGCUCUCACUGUGCCAUGGUGAGUGGAACUCAUGAAUGCCUAGUUCAGCAGUAAAGAUUUGGCUCUGAUGAGCAGAGCAGCUAUGUUGCUUAAAGUGUGUUUGAUGUGAUAUAUGAAGUAAUGAAUAUUAUCAGUACUCGAGUGAAUUCUGGCAGUAGCCUAAAUAAGCACAAACUAGGUUUGUAUUUACAGCCUAGGUUUGCCGUCAUGUCGUACCAAAUCCAUGUUUGUGUAUUCAGCACUGUCUUCUGCUGUGUAUUCAGCAAUGUCUGUUUGUAUAAAACUAUGUUGGAUUGUAUAAUAUGAUAUGGAACAGCUUAUGUAAACAAUGGUUGUUUGUUGGUUCA